UUAUAAAGGCAAAAACCGCCUUUCCGUCUGCCGGCAGCCAUCAGGUAAGCCAGGAUGGGCGCGUACAAGUACAUCCAGGAGCUAUGGAGAAAGAAGCAGUCGGACGUGAUGCGCUUUCUCCUGCGGGUCCGCUGCUGGCAGUACCGCCAGCUCUCGGCGCUGCACAGGGCGCCGCGCCCCACGCGGCCCGACAAGGCGCGCAGGCUGGGCUACAAGGCCAAACAAGGUUAUGUCAUCUAUAGGAUUCGUGUGCGCCGUGGUGGCCGCAAGCGCCCGGUUCCCAAGGGUGCGACCUAUGGCAAGCCUGUCCAUCAUGGCGUUAACCAGCUCAAGUUUGCACGAAGCCUUCAGUCUGUUGCCGAGGAACGAGCUGGGCGCCACUGUGGAGCUCUGAGAGUCCUGAAUUCUUACUGGGUUGGUGAAGAUUCCACGUACAAAUUCUUUGAGGUUAUCCUCAUUGAUCCAUUCCAUAAAGCCAUCAGAAGAAAUCCUGACACCCAGUGGAUCACCAAGCCAGUCCACAAGCACAGGGAAAUGCGUGGGCUGACAUCUGCAGGCCGCAAGAGUCGUGGCCUUGGAAAGGGUCACAAGUUCCACCACACUAUUGGUGGUUCUCGCCGUGCAGCCUGGAGAAGGCGCAAUACCCUCCAGCUGCACCGUUAUCGCUAACUCAAGUAAUGUUUGUAAAAUUCAUACCUAAUAAACCAUU